AUGACUAUUUUUCCAGGUUGCACAGAUGAGUAUAAGUUCAUGACAAAGACAGUUCCUGUUGGAGAAAAUGUUACCCUCAGCUGUGAUCGCCAGGCUGAUGUUCUCUACAGAGAGAACUUAUUUUGGAUCAGGAUUGUUUCUGGGAAAAAGCCAGAAUUUCUGGGAGCAACAAUAAACUUUGAUUUUAAACAUGUCAUCCAGCAAUCUCACAUUACAGUGAAGCAAGAACCAGAAUCCUUUGUUCUGAAUAUAAACGCAGCCGAGGAAAGUGAUGAUGGUGUUUAUUACUGCUUUAAAGUUAAAGACCUGGAUUUGGUAUUUUUGACUGGAACAUUUCUGAGAGUAAAAGGCAGAGAACCAAACAUUGUUGCUGUCACUGAGAGGUUUUUAUCCGAUCGAGUCUAUCCAGGAGACCCGGUCACUCUGGAGUGUUCAGUCCUCUCAAGCUCUCCCAAUGAAACCUGUGGAGAAGAACAGAGAGUGUUCUGGUUUAAAACAGAGUCAGACGAGUCUCAUCCUCAUGUUAUUUAUGCUCAUGGAAACCCAUCUGAUGAAUGUUUGAGGAGUCCUGAAUCUUCCUCUGAGCAGAAAUGUGUCUACAGCUUCACCAAGGACUUCAUCUCCUCUGAUGCUGGGACUUACUACUGUGCUGUGGCUGCAUGUGGAGAGAUCUUUUAUGGAAAUGGGACAACUCUGACAGCUCUCCAGAUGUGGGAUUUACAAACGGCCAACAUUGUUCUCCUGUUCUUGUUAGCCUCCUUGUCUACCAGCAUCUUCAUUAUAAUGGUCUUAGUUUAUAAAAUGAAGAGAAAAUCAGACAGUGCUUGUAAUGAUUGCUUACACUCCUCUAAUGACCGAAAACAUGAAAAGAAUGAAGAUGACUCACUGACAUAUUCGGCACCAACCUUCGCUCAGAGGAAAGCUGGCAGAGGAUACAGAAAGAAGACGACGCCCCAGGAGACCUUUUAUUCUGAUAUCAAACAUUUGGGAUAGAUUAGUUUCUUUUUUGCCUUUUGGCUUCUCCGUUUGGAAGUUUAGAAGAGGGUUUGCCUCAAUCAAACCCUGUCCUCUGCUUCGUUCUCACGCACAUCAGCCUUCUUGUCUAUAUCAAUCAACUGUCUCUGGUCUCUUUCCUGGUAUCUUCAACCAAAGUCACUCUUCUCAUCAUGUCCAAAUUAUCUAAAUCCAUGUCCCUGGAUCUAUCUCCAAAAUAUUCAACAUGAUCUGUUCUUCUGAUAGAAUUAUCACUGAUUUUAUUUGUCCUUGAUACUCUCAAAGACAACAUCUUCAGCUCUAUCUCCUGUCUCUGCAUCAGAGUCUGUAAACCAACAAUACGGCAGCUCUCACCACAAUCUUCUACACCUCUCCUUUCUUUCUUCAUUCUUUUGUCACACAUCACACUUGAAACCUUCCUCAGUUCUUCCUAUCUGCUUGAACCUUCCCUCUUCACCUCUUUCCUACAUUGUCUGUUGUUUUGGACUGUUGACCCUUCCUAAAAUCCUCCACAUUCUUCACCUCUUCUCCCUGUAACCUCACUGUCCCCUUUAUGUUCCUCUCAUUUACUCGUAGAUACUCUGUCUUGUGGCAGCAGACCUUCAUUUCUCUGCAAUCCAAAGCAAACUUCCACUUUUCUAGACAUUCCUCCACCAGCUCGCUGGUCUUACUACAGAUCACAAUGUCAUCUGCAAACGUCAUGAUCCACAAAUAUGUCUGCCUAACCUCAUCUGUCAGUCUGUCUAUCACCACAGAAAACAAGAAGCUCAAAGCUGAUCUUUGACGUAGUCCCAUCACCACCUUGAACUCCUUCAAACCCACAUCACGCUACCCACCAUCCAGUUCUCAGACAUGUUCUGCACUGCUCUAAUGUUCUUCUGUUACUCCAGACCUCAGUUUCUGACUUUGUACUUUUAAAGGAGCAUGUUCAAAGCUAUCUGUGUUUCUCUUCUGUGGUGUGAGAUCAUACUGUUGCUCAAAAAAUAUUCACUUCCUUCUAACUUGUUCUUCUUAAAAUGGAUCAUUUGACAAACCAGUCUCCAAGAAGGAAGGAUGGAUGGAUGGAUAAGCUUUAUUCUGGACUCCUAGCCUAAUCAGUGAACAGGAACACAUAACCAUUAAUCAGUGCACAUACAGUGCCAAGAGUACACAAGAUGUCUAAAAAGAUAAAUAAAAAUA